GGAGCGGUCACCGAAGUUGUGGUUUUGAUUAGUUCUUUCUUUGGAUCUGAGCUUUGCUUCCGCUUUCUAUCUGUAUCUGUAUCUGUAACUUACAAACAACAUCAACACCAACAACAAAGCCAAACAAAAAUACAAUAUUAACAUCAUCAAUUAUUAGACCGCAGCUCCUCUUUCUCUCUCUCUUUUCUCUUCCUUCUCUGUAGCUCUGGUUUUCGACCUCUAAGCUCUGUUUCUCUCUCUCUCUCUUUUUUAUUUCUUUUUCUUUUUCUUUUUCCAGAAGCUCCUAUAAUUUUUUUUUUUUUUGUUUUUUUGUUUUUUUGGUGCGAGCUCCCAAAGUUUCUGCUUGAUCUUCUCCUCGUAUCUAUUAUCUUUCCAUAUAAAGCUUCCAUUUUCAAAACAGCGGCUUAUCUCUCGCUCUUUCUCUCUCCACCUCUUUGUGUAUAACAAUUAUGUAUACAUAUAUGUAUGUAUGUAUUCUACCGAUAUGUAUUGAGUUUUCGUUUUGGUAAUGAUAACAUAUUAUAUUAUUCGAUCCCGCAAAUUUGAUUCCUGCUCUUUAUUCGCUUUGCUUGAUUGAAGAUCACGGGAUUUCUGUCACUUUUAUCGAAAUUAUAGAUACAAAGUAGGAAAGAAAAAAAAAAAAAAAGGAAGGAGAAGAAGAAGGAGAAGGAUAAUCAGAUUGUGGUUAUGUAAAUGGAAAGAGUAGGAGUUGGAAUAAGAAAGGUCAAACUGUGGUCUUGAGGGUUUCUUUCUUCUCUAUUUAUGUGUAUAUUUUCUUCUUCUUCUUCUUAUUUUUAUUUCUUGGUUUUUUGGGGUAAUAAAUGUUGUAUUUGAAGCAGCCAUACCCGAGCCUAGAUGUAUGGAGUGGUGGUUGUGUAGGUUCAUUAGGUGAAUAGAAUAGAAUUUCCGAGUAAGUUUCCACCAAAAAAAAAAAAAAAAAAAAAAAAAAAGGGGUUUAUAUUUUGCGGGGUUGGAAUAUUUGCAUGCCCUUCUGAUAGUUUCCCUGAGCCUGAGGCUCGGGGGGAUCUGAAUCAACAUGGCGUCCACAGAGAAUGAGCAUUCCCCACACUCAGGAGACGUUUGCCAACCUCCUCCCGACGAAGUCUGUAUGCAGAAAUUCAGGCUCUAUGAGACUCGAUCGGCUUUUUCCAUGACCACAUUAUCGGAGGCAAGAAAUUUUACAUGAUAGGAAGGGACAAGAGUAGAACAUGCUGGAGAGUGCUAAAGAUUGACAGGCAAGAUCCUUCAGAGCUAAAUAUUCGGGAAGAUUCUACCACAUAUACUGAAAGUGAAUGUUCUGAUCUGUUGAGGCGGGUACAUGAAGGAAACAAGUCCACGGGUGGACUGAAGUUUGUCACUACUUGUUAUGGAAUUGUUGGGUUCAUUAAAUUUUUGGGGCCAUACUACAUGCUGCUUAUCACAAAAAGAAGACAGAUUGGUGCAAUCUAUGGCCACACAGUGUAUGCAAUCUCCAAGAGUGAAAUGAUUCCGCUUCCAAAUUCUUCAAUGCGGUCCAAUAUCAUGAAUUCUAAGAAUGAAAACAGAUACAAGAAGCUCCUAUGCACGGUGGAUCUUACAAAGGACUUCUUUUUCAGCUACUCAUACCAUGUCAUGCGUAGUCUUCAAAAAAAUAUGUGUGAUAAUGCAAAAGGACAUGUACUUUAUGAAACCAUGUUUGUCUGGAACGAAUACUUAACUCGGGGUAUACGAAAUCACCUCCAGAAUACUCUUUGGACUGUUGCAUUAGUGUAUGGCUUCUUUAAACAGGCCACACUAUCUGUAUCUGGUCAUGACUUCAAGUUGACCCUCAUUGCAAGACGUUCUCGUCAUUAUGCUGGUACCAGGUAUCUAAAACGAGGUGUCAAUGAGAAGGGCAGAGUAGCUAAUGAUGUUGAGACAGAACAGAUCGUGUUUGAGGAUGUUCCAGAUGGGUUUCCCAUGCAAAUAAGCUCAGUUGUCCAGAACCGUGGUUCAAUCCCUCUUUUCUGGUCACAAGAAACUUCGCGUUUGAAUCUCAAACCAGAUAUUAUACUGUCAAAGAAGGACCAGAAUUAUGAAGCCACUAGACUUCAUUUUGAAAACCUUGUCAAAAGAUAUGGGAACCCUAUAAUUAUUCUCAAUCUAAUCAAGACCCAUGAAAAGAAGCCUCGAGAGUCCAUACUUCGCACAGAGUUUGCCAAUGCUAUUGAGUUUAUUAAUAAAGACUUAUCUGAGGACAAACACCUUAGAUUCCUUCAUUGGGAUCUGCACAAACAUUCUCGAAGUAAAGCAACAAACGUUCUGCUGCUCCUGGGCAAGGUUGCUGCUUAUGCAUUGACGCUAACUGGUUUCUUCUACUGCCAAGUAAAACCAGUCUUGAGACCCGAGGGUUCUAUUAAAUGGCCUCCCUCUGAAAAUGUAAACGAAGAUAACUUGUCCUCCCAAAGGCAUUCUGAUGAUGACAUUGAGGAUGCUCAAAAGUCAGAGAGGAAAUCCUGGGGAGGAAGUAAUAUUACAAAUGGCAAUUAUUCUGUCAAAGAGCCCUUGUAUCAAACGGGGGUUCUUAGAACUAAUUGCAUAGACUGCCUGGAUCGCACAAAUGUUGCACAGUAUGCAUAUGGGUUGGCUGCUCUUGGAAAACAGCUUCAUGCGCUUGGAGUCACAGAUAGCCCAAAGAUCGACCUUGAUGCUCCUUUGGCUGAUGAUUUAAUGGGUUUUUAUGAGAGAAUGGGUGACACACUGGCACACCAAUAUGGUGGCUCAGCAGCUCACAAUAAGAUAUUUUCUGAGAGAAGGGGUCAAUGGAGAGCAGCAACCCAGUCUCAGGAGUUCUUUAGAACUCUUCAACGGUAUUAUAGCAAUGCAUACAUGGAUGCUGAGAAGCAAGAUGCUAUUAACUUAUUUCUGGGACAUUUUCAGCCACAACAGGGUAAACCUGCAAUCUGGGAACUAGAUUCGGACCAGCAUUAUGAUGCUGGGAGGCAUGGACAAGCAGAUGUAGAUGAAGAUGGAAGGUCUAUGUUCAAAAGAUCCUUAUCCGACGGAAAUAUUCUUCGUGGUAGCAGCUCACCUAUGUCAGUUGCAAAUGAAAAGCCGGGGAAAUUUUCUAACUCAAAUUUACCUGAUCGGUUGGAAGGAGAAAGAAAACUUCUUAGUGAAUCUUCACCUGAAAUAUCAACUUGUGAGAGUGAUAUUACGUAUUCAAGGUAUACUCCUUCAAUGCCACGUAGGCAACUUUUUGGAGAAAGCGAGCAUAUUUACUUUUCCGAACGUGGAGAUUCAUUCAGCUUCUCAAACUUUGUUGACCUAGACUGGCUAUCUUCCUCUGGGAAUUCAUGUGAGGAAGAGCCAUAUGAGAGGUCAUCAUUGCUCACAAACUCUCCAACUGAAGGGCUAUCAUCUGAGAAUGUUAUCAAUGGAAUAAUGGGAGAAUCUACCCCCUCCACAAGUGAAUAUGGAUCAUCCAGCUUGAAGCAGAGAGAGCAGACAGCACCAGAGCUAGGGUAUAGUACUCGGCAGGAUUCCAAUGUCCCGGAAGAAUUUUCCGAUAGCUUUGUACAUUGGGUGAACCAUGGAGAGACACUCUGCCAUUGAAAGUUUGGCUCAAUUUUCCUCAUAAAUAAUACCUUUUUCCUCUCUUGAUUGACUCGAUGUGCUCAAUCUGCUUCAAAGAUGCGAAUGCACGGGAAAAAGAAACUGUAGAGAGAGAGAGAGCAUGCAACUGACACCGGGAACAAAUUAGAAGAAGAAACAUAAGCAGUGGAACCAGCAUUGUUUGGGAGGAUAUUAUUCGUAGAGGCAAAUCAUCAAUUCCUGGCCCUCGUGUAUGAUUUACAUUAUUGAUUUUAUCAAGAAAACUUCAAUCGGAAUCUGAUACCAAAAGUACAAAAGAGUAAAUAGUCAGCACUCAGGGAAGAAAAAAAAAAAAAAAAAUUCUUUUAGGAGCUCUUCCUCCAUCGGUUCGUGGACUUUAGGUUUUAAUCAUGUAAAUAUUUUUCGCUCUGCUCAUUGAGGCUCCACUUUUAGAAUUGCAGGUCAUUGAUUCUUUAUAUUGCUUCAUUUUGAUUAUGGUCAGUGUUGAAACUAACAAUGUGGACAAAAUGUUUGGAGGAAAAUCUUAACGUAGAAAAAUUGUCUUUUUAGUGCCAUCUACACUUGGCAAUGCCAGAGAAACAAAAAGAGCCUCGUAUAUAUAAAUAAUUAUUUUUUAUUUA